GGCUACCGCGCCUGCGCGGAGGCCCCACUUCCGGCGCCAGGGCGCUCGAUUCCGGAAGGGCUGCGCGGCGGCGGCGGCGGCGGCGGCUUCUGUGUUGCGGGCUGGUGUCCCUUGUCUGUUGGAGCGGCGAGUCGCACGGCAGCAUCAUGGUCGAGGAGGUACAGAAACAUUCUGUGCACACACUUGUGUUCAGGUCAUUGAAGAGAACCCAUGACAUGUUUGUAGCUGAUAACGGAAAACCUGUGCCUUUGGAUGAAGAGAGUCACAAACGGAAAAUGGCAAUCAAGCUGCGUAAUGAGUAUGGUCCUGUGUUGCACAUGCCUACUUCGAAAGAAAAUUUUAAAGAGAAAUGUCCUCAGAAUGCAUCGGAUUCGUAUGGUCAUAAGCAGUAUCCUGCCAAUCAAGGACAAGAAGUUGAAUAUUUGGUGACAGGUACACAUCCAUAUCCACCAGGACCUGGAGUUGCUUUGACAGCAGAUACUAAGAUCCAAAGAAUGCCAAGUGAAUCAGCUGCACAGUCCUUAGCUGUGGCAUUACCUUCUUCUCAGACCAGGGUUGAUGCAAAUCGUAGUGCACCUGCUGGAGGUGAAUACCGACAUCCGGGGACUUCUGACCGUUCACAGCCUGCAGGGAUGACUUCAGCAGUUAUGGAGGCUGGCAACGCUAAGAACUCUGCACUGAUGGCUAAAAAAGCCCCUACCAUGCCCAAACCCCAGUGGCACCCACCAUGGAAACUCUACAGGGUGAUCAGUGGACAUCUUGGCUGGGUUCGCUGUAUUGCUGUGGAACCUGGAAAUCAGUGGUUUGUAACUGGAUCUGCUGACAGAACUAUAAAGAUCUGGGACUUGGCUAGUGGCAAAUUAAAACUGUCAUUAACUGGGCACAUCAGUACAGUGCGCGGUGUGAUAGUAAGCACGCGGAGCCCUUACCUGUUUUCCUGUGGAGAAGACAAACAAGUCAAAUGCUGGGAUCUUGAAUAUAAUAAGGUUAUAAGACACUAUCAUGGACAUCUAAGUGCAGUGUAUGGUUUGGAUUUGCACCCAACAAUUGAUGUGCUGGUAACCUGUAGUCGAGAUUCAACUGCACGGAUUUGGGAUGUGAGAACUAAAGCCAGUGUACACACAUUAUCUGGACAUACAAAUGCAGUUGCUACAGUGAGAUGUCAAGCUGCAGAACCACAAAUUAUUACUGGAAGUCAUGAUACUACAAUACGAUUAUGGGAUUUGGUGGCUGGAAAAACAAGAGUCACAUUAACAAACCACAAAAAAUCGGUCAGGGCUGUGGUUUUACAUCCAAGACAUUAUACGUUUGCAUCUGGCUCCCCAGAUAAUAUAAAACAGUGGAAAUUCCCUGAUGGAAGUUUUAUUCAAAACCUUUCUGGUCAUAAUGCUAUUAUUAAUACAUUGACAGUGAAUUCUGAUGGAGUGCUUGUUUCUGGAGCUGACAAUGGCACUAUGCAUCUUUGGGACUGGAGAACUGGCUACAAUUUCCAGAGAGUUCAUGCAGCUGUGCAGCCCGGAUCUUUGGACAGUGAAUCAGGAAUAUUUGCUUGUGCUUUUGAUCAGUCUGAAAGUCGGUUACUAACAGCUGAAGCUGAUAAAACGAUUAAAGUGUAUAAAGAGGAUGAUACUGCGACAGAAGAAACUCAUCCAGUCAGCUGGAAGCCAGAAAUUAUCAAGAGAAAGAGAUUUUAAUAUGGCAUUUUCUUCAUGGUGGCUCCCAUUUUUUGUUGUUGUUUUUAAAGAAUAAGCUUGGUGUUGAUGAGGAUAUCCAGUCGUUUUGUGCUCUGGCUAGGAAUAUAAAGCAGAAACUCACAUGCUUAAAUGAUUCCUGCUUCAUAUUUUACAGUAAACUGCCCCUCCCUCCUGUGUUUUUUUUUUUUUUUUUCCCAAAAUAAAAAAUUGAGGUCCUAGGAAGUAAGAUGCAGGUAUCAAGCAUAUGUAGGUUUGUUGAACAUAACUAUUCUAAAGAUAGAAUACUUUGUCAGUUUUAUUAAAAGAUACCUUUUUAAAAAAUACUUAAAAAACUGCUUACUAUAAUAAGGACUUGUUUCAAGGGAGCAGUUGCAUUUGGGUUUUAUUUUUAUUUUUUUUACUUUAAAAACUAGUAUCUGUGACUAAUAAUGGGGAUUAAGGGAUUGAAGUCUUACUUUUGUAUGUUUAUUCCAGAAACAGUUUUUGAGUGCAUGUUCUACAAAGUUCUGCACUAUUGAAUACAGUUCAGGAAAUAGACUAAGAUGAAUCUGUCCUCCAAGACCCUAGUUAGCGUAUUACAGAAUGCUGUAUUGGAGUCCCACAGAGGAAAAGACCAUCGCUCUUUUCCAGAGAGCAUUGUGGAAGACUUCAUAGAGUCGGGUAUUUGAGCUGAGCCUUGAGAGGCCAGAGAGGGAAACUAGUAUUCUAAGAUGGGGCAUACAGUGAACGAAACCAGACUUGUGAAACUAGGAUGUGUUCUAGGAGCAAAGAAUUGUCUGCUGCAGUUGAGUAAUGAGUACAGCUGGUGGAGGAGAAAGCUCAUGUUUGAAGUUCGAUUUUAUCCAACAAGCAGUUGGAUACCAACAUAGGUAUCAAAACCUGAAGAAAUUAAUAAGAUACUACUGGUGGUAUUUGAAGCUGUGGCAUGGGCUGCAGUCUUUUGAAGACUUUCUGGAAAAGUGUUAUUUAAGUUUCUGAUACCUAUUCCCUGUAAAUAUGAGUUUUCUAAACCCUGCCCUUAGGAUCCUGACUCCCCAUCAGUCAAGAAAAUUUGUCCACCUUCUCUUUCUGUAGGUAGAAAACACAGUUACAAGAACAAUUGAUGAUAGAUUUUUUUUUUCUAAUUAAAAAUCACACCAUAAGUUUGAAUAAACCUUUCUAAAUUAUACAUAUCCCAUCUUGCAUGCUGUAGGUGGGAGGAUAAUUUUAUAACCUUUAAAGGGGGGGGUUCAGAGUAUAUUGAAAAUGCUCAAACCAUUUGGCAAACUUCAUUAAAAAGAUUAGGAAAAUGCCAAUAGGAAUAAUCUGACAAGUGUACACAAGUUUACUGUACCUUUGCUCUUCAAUGAAACUAGCUCAGAUGUCCUGUCAAUAAGGGACUAAUUUAAUAGAUUAUGGUACCUUCAUGCAAUUUAUUUCUAUCCAUUAAGAGUAAGGAACGUCUCUGGACUAAUAAGAUGUCCAAACUUUACUCUUAGGUUAAAAAAAGUUGUGGAAGCAUUUUUUUUUUUUUUUUUUUUGUAGAAUAACUUGUUAAUGCUAUAUAUAUAUACAUAUAUAUAUAUAAAUAAUGGAAUAGUAAUUCGACAUUGUUACCAGUGGCUUUGUGAGGGAGUAAAAUUGUGGGAGAACUUUCAUGAUUGGCUUUAUAUAUUUCUAUAAUGUUUUAAUUUUCUAUAAGCAUGUAUUUUAUAAACUUAAAUAAAGAAAAAUCCACUACACUUGCA